ACCAUGUCGUUUCAUGGUUUUGCGUGAACGCUGAAGGAGCAAAUACUCGGCUUUUCUGUGCCGGUUCUUUAAAAGCGACCACCAGAGUGGUUACGCGGCGAGCAACCAUGGGAUCCAGGAUAAGGGAAAAUCCAGAGAAGAUAUUUGAAGUGUAUGCUGAAGUAAUGCAUCCUGAAUCCAGUGGUUCAGAUCCUGAGGUGCGGAGACAAUUCCCUGAGGACUACAGCGACCAGGAAGUUCUGCAGACAUUGACCAAGUUUUGUUUCCCUUUCUAUGUGGACAGCCUUUCAGUCAGCCAAGUUGGCCAGAACUUUACAUUUGUACUCACUGACAUUGACAGCAAGCAGAGGUUUGGAUUCUGUCGCUUAUCUUCUGGGGCCAAAACUUGCUUCUGUAUCCUAAGCUAUUUACCUUGGUUUGAAGUUUUCUACAAGCUUCUGAACAUCUUAGCAGAAUACACUGUUAAAGGACAGGACUGUCAGUGGAAGGAAUUGCUGGAAACACUAUACAACCAUCCUCUUCCAGAGCCAGGCUCAACUGUUCAUUUAAGUGUGCAUUCGUAUUUUACCACCCCCGAUACCCUGGAACUUCCUAGUAUACCUGAAAACAGAAACCUGACAGAGUAUUUUGUAGCUGUAGAUGUCAACAACAUGCUCCAUCUUUAUGCCAGUAUGUUAUAUGAACGGCGAGUCCUCAUCUCCUGCAGCAAGCUAAGCACUUUAACAGCCUGCAUCCAUGGGUCAGCAGCUAUGCUAUAUCCGAUGUUUUGGCAGCAUGUUUACAUUCCUGUCCUUCCUCCUCAUCUAUUGGACUACUGCUGUGCUCCAAUGCCCUACCUCAUAGGAGUGCAUUCUAGUUUAAUGGAGAAAGUGAGGAACAUGGCCUUAGAAGAUGUUGUGUUACUAAAUGUGGACAACAAUACGCUGGAAACACCAUUUGAUGAUCUUCAAAGCCUUCCUAAUGAUGUGUUGUCAGCUCUAAAGAACAGACUGAAAAAAGUGUCAACAACCACAGGUGAUGGAGUUGCUCGUGCAUUUUUAAAGACUCAAGCGGCUCUGUUUGGCAGCUACAGAAAUGCUCUGAAGAUUGAACCUGAGGAACCCAUAACUUUUAAUGAAGAUGUUUUUGUAUCACACCGCUCGAGUGCCAUGCGGCAGUUUCUGCAAAAUGCGAUUCACCUUCAGCUCUUCAAACAGUUUAUUGAUGGUCGACUGGAUCUCUUGAAUUCUGGGGAAGGAUUUAGCGAUGUGUUUGAAGAAGAGAUAAAUAAUGGCGAAUAUGCAGGAAGUGACAAAUCUUAUCACCAGUGGCUGUUCACAGUGAAGAAAGGAAGUGGAGCUAUCAUAAAUACAAUGAAGACAAAGGCAAAUCCUGCAAUGAAGACUGUGUACAAGUUUGCAAAAGAUCAUGCAAAAAUGGGAAUAAAAGAAGUGAAAAAUCGUUUGAAGCAAAAGGAAAUGGCAGAGAAUGGCUACUCUGUAGCAGGAGAUGAUAUCCAACCGAAGAGUAUUACAUCGCCUAUGUCUGAGAAGAAAGAAGGCAAGCAGCGAGAGGACCGGCGACCAAUAACUGUGCACUUUGGGCAGCCUGAGAGAGUCCCUCCACCUCGCCCACCACCUCCAAAGAUAAACAGUGCUACUUUGCCCGCACGUCCUCCAAGGCCACCAGUUAAGAAACCAAGAGGUAAUGCACUGCCAGUAGAGGCUCGAAUAUCCUCCAUUUCAAGUCCAGAGCACAUCGUAAGACCCACACGACACUACACAGUCUUCCUUUCUGAGGAUUCCUCUGAUGAUGAACUUCACCAUGAAGAGGACUCUAUAUCUGCCUUCUCUGAAAGCUUUCUCUUCACUUCUUUUGAAUGGCCUCAACCAUAUAAAACUUUAAAGGAAUCAGAUAUAGCUGAUGGAGAGGCCUUGAGUACAGAGAAGAGGACUGGGCCAACUAUCUUUCCUAACCUCUCCAUGCCGGGCAGGAAUAUUGAUGUGAAUUUAUUGGAUGACAUUUUCGGCAAUAUAAAGAUAACCUCGCAACACCAGCCCCUCAGCCAAGCCAAAAGCAUGGAAGAUCUGAGGACACCUAAGGAGGAAGAAAUGGAAAAUCCAUUUGGACAUCAGUGGAAAGUAAUGACUUCAGCUGAGAAGAGCAAGACCAUGUCAGUAGGACUGCAUCAUACUCUGCCUCAUACAAAGUUACGCAGUGUGGGUCAAGAUGACAUGGCUCUGAAUAGUAAAUCUAUCAGUAGUUCAUCGCCUGGCAACAUUCAUUUUGAAAGUUUCUUCACUGGGAUUGAUGCAGAGGCUUUAAAGAGGGACAGUUCAGCACCUGCUUCCAAUAUAAUUGCAAGUGGACAAGGCAGCAUUACAAUCCCAAGGCCUCAUGGUAGGAAGUCAACAGAGAAAGGAAUAGUGCUUCCACCUCCAGUAUCUGUCAGUCGAGGAGUCAAACAGCCAGUAUUUCCAGAAGUUAAUCAAGUAUCAACAGUAUUACAAGACAGCUCCAACCAAGAGAGACCUGUCUUCAGCACUGGCCCAGCUUCAGAGAUGUUACAAGAAUCAAUUAGAGUUGAAAAGAAACCUCAAGGACCAGACUUAAACCAAUCAUUGAAUUCAUCUCCUCAUCCUAUGUUAAGUUCAUCUGCUGUUGAUAUCCUGAAACCUAUCAAAAUCAGUGUAGAAAUGGAUAGGAGGAAUGAUCUUUUAAGUCUUCUCGAUCCAUUGAGUGCCAAUUCCAGUCUUGAUGGGAGCCAAUCUGCAGCUCCUAAAAGUUCAUUAACACCUGCAUCGUUCUUGUCUUCAGCUCCUGCUCCUACUGGUUUCACUCCAUCAGGAACUGACCUUGGGAUAAGUGCUCCACCAGCCACCUUACAAUUCAGCCAAACUCAAGGAUAUUCAACUCCCAGCCCAGCAGCCAUUGGUCAAUUCCCACAGCCAUCAUCUUAUCAGUUUUCUCAAACCAUGCCAGCAGCUCUUCACUUUCCUCCAGUACAGCCCUCUACAAGUCAUUUUGCUCCAACUCCAGCAUCUGCUUUUGCUUCAAGCUAUCUGCCUUCAAGUUCAGGUUUCUUCCAACCCCAAAUGCCUCACAGGAACUACUCAGCACCUUCCCUUCACCACUUGUACAGUCAGCCCCCUGUAAUCCCUCAGUCUGGUACUUUUGUUCAGAAAAGUACAAUUUCAGCCAGCCUAGGAGGUAUAAGUUUUGCAAAAACUGCAGGAAAAGCGGGUAUAAAUGUGUCUGAUUCCAGUCCAGUGAUGGGUAGUACAACAAAAAAUUUGCCUGAGCCACCAUUAGUCCCACCAAAGCCUUCCAUAGGUCUUGAAAGAAUAUUACAAUCGUCCAAUCCUGGCAAGGCUCAAGAUCCGUUUACUGAUCUGCUUAAUGCAAAUAAGAAGGAGGCAGCAUCAUCACAAAGUAGAGUGGACCAGCUCAGGAAAAAAUGGGAGACCUUUGAAUAAAAACAGCAAUUAAAAUGUUCCAAUAAUAGAGUGACAGUAGUGGAGCCUUUCUAAACUGCAGCCUUUGGGUGCCAUAUGUAAAAGCAUCAGGUAUCGAGGGGUGCAUUGUACAAGAGCUGGUUAGUUCUGGUUUUUCUAAUUGGCAAAGGACUGUAAAGAAUGCAUAUUAUAUCAACGAAUGUUAUAGUGAGGAACUACUACACUACACUUAUACUUACAUCAAGCCAUUUAUCAUGGCUUG